UAAAAUUUUUUUGUUUCAUUUGUUGCGUUAUUAAAUAUAAUUCAUAAUGAAUAGUUACACUAUAUUAAACGUAAUGCCAAAGUAUAACAACAUAAAUAUGUUUAUAAAAGUUAAUUAUUAAACAAUACCUAAUAACGUUGUAUUACUGUAUGAUGUCACUAUAUUACAAUUGGCUGUAUAGACAAUACUAUCUUUAUAUAUGUUAGAUUACUGAUAAUACUUGUAUAGUAUGCCUAACAUAUAAUUCAGAGUGUUCAUAAGUCUUCACUUCAAACUGAAGUAAGUUCGUUAAAAUUUAGUCUAUUUAUGGAAACCUGGGGUAAUUGGACAUUUAAUAAUGAAAACGAAGAUUUGUUGGCUGGAGUGUUAAACAAGUUCGCCUCGAAUCAAUGCAGCUUAGAUACGCCGAAAAAAGUUCUUUUGUCAUCCUUGGCCACUUUAUCGGAAACUGUACGAGUUGAAAUCUCCAGUUCGAGCAGUGACGAUAGCGAUAUUGACGAAGACUUUAACGCUGUUCAAAUUUGUUUUCCGAAAUCCUCCGCAGAUAUAUCAAAUGAUGAACCUAAAUCUACAGCCGAAGUUGUCAAGGACUUGCAAUUACAGUCAGCCUGUAUCGGUAUCGCCUUGAGAAAUUUUGAUGACGAAUCGUCCUUCCUGUCGAGUCAACCUCAGGUGGAAGAUUUGCAUAAAAACGCAAUCAAACAAAUCAUAGACAUGUUAAACACUGGAGACUACGACGCCGGAGAAUUGUUUUUGGUGUUGCAAACAGAGUUAAGAAACCGAAAUGAUGUAUCAGAGGUAAUAGGAGACGUGUGGCCGGAAAUUGUCACGGACAGGGCUCGUCACGGUUUUUGCGAAGCACUUCUCAAAACUGACGUAAGGCCGCAAAUCAUUUGUGAACAGAUAUAUUUACCCUGGUUCGAAACACGUGAGUCGAAUUUAACUGGGUUCGUUGACAGUUUGUCUAAACUGAUCAUUCACUUCCCAGAAUAUGCUUGCAAGUUCUUGCUCGUAAAAUUGUUGAUGGACAGAGAAUCGGUUCUAGUUAAACACUUGAAUUGGUUGGUAAUUAUCAUGCAGUUUCUCGAUCAACAACAUUGGUGUAGUCUUUUAAAUGAAUACACAAAUCACUGCGAUGGUCUGGACCAGUAUCAAAUACCAGUUUUGUUGCACUUGGUGAAUAAUUGCCAAAAAAUACUAAACAACAGAGACGCCGAACGUUUGAUUGGAUUAUGCAGAAACGCAGCCUAUAAACAUUCCACAAACAGAGACUUUGGGUUGUUGUUAGUGUCCGUGAUCAGAGCUAUAGACUUGGAUAAAUUCCUACCGGAAAUGACGACUAUAAGCGAACAACUCAAAGGUGUAUCGAAAUUUUUGAUCAUGAAAGCUUUAAAGGAUACAAAAUAAAUCAUUACAAUAUCAAUAUCUACAUAUUGUAUAAUUUAUUGUUAAAUUAAAUUGUUUUUAUUAUGUUAAUAUUUUAUUAUAAUAUACUUGUAAUUAAUUGUUUUUA